AUGCCGAGGGCUAGAGCUACCAGAGUUAGGGGGGAGGCAGCCCCCGAGGUCAGAGUUGAGGCCCCAGCUAGGGGUAGAGGUCGGGCUAGAGGCCGAGGACGUGGUCGAGGCCGUGCCAGAGGAGCGGCACCUGCCCGAGGCCGAGGUAGAGAGCCUUCACCUGAGCCACAGAUUGGAGUAGCUGCAGAGCAGGCUCCUGCGGGCCAUGCACCCCCAGUUUAUGAUGACAGACUCGACAGGAUGUUGGGGUUAUUGGAGCGUCUUGCUCAGGGUGCAGCAGAGCCGGUGGUUCAGCCACCACAGGUUCCAGCAUCGGUUGUAGGUGUACCGGCGGCCCUUGAGGUGGCCUUGGCAGAUGAUGACCAGGUCUGCUAUGAGCGGUUUCAGAAAAUGAAACCACCUCAGUUUCAUGGUGCUAAGACUGAUGAUGCUCACGAGUUUUUGACCUUGAGUCGAGAGAUGUUGGCGGCGGUACGCAUGUUAGAUGAGAGGGGCGUCCGAUUUGUGUCCCUUCAGUUACGCGGUGUCGCUAGGGAGUGGCUGAGGACCUUCAUGAGUUCGAGACCAGCGGGAUCUCCUCCCAUGGGGUGGAGUGAGUUUGCUAGUGCCUUCGAGGGUCGUUUCAUCCCUUGGAGUGUACAGGAGGAGAGCCGUAUGAGGUUUGAGAGUUUGGUGCAGGGCAGCAUGUCAGUCGCAGAUUACGAGGCUCGAUUCUGUCAGUUGUCGAGACAUGCCUCUGCUUUGAUUUCAGGUGAGCCUGAGCGGAUUCGCAGAUUUGUCAGGGGUUUGACUCCCACUAUCCGUAGUUAUGUGUUUAGAUCAUCUCGAGAGGGUGCUUCCUUCCAGACUAUAGUGAGUGCAGCCAGAGAGGCUGAGUUGCUUGAGCGGGAUGAUUUUGGUGGGCCCAAGAGGGUCCGUACAGGUGGUCAGUAUUCGGGUACCUCGUCAGGAGGUAGGGGCCCACACAGGGGAGGCGGGUCCUUCCUGCGUCAGAGGCCAGUACAUGUUUCAUUACCAGCUAUCGAGGGUGGGCCAGCAGCUCGGGGUCCUCCAGGUUCGGGUCGAGGUGGUUAUAGCAUUACUUCGGGUUCUCCACAGUCAGGAUCCACACCGAGGUCUUGUUAUGGUUGCGGUGAUCCAGGCCACUUGAUUCGUCAGUGUCCAUAUCAGACUCAGUUUGGACCACACCAUACUGUCUCCGCGGUCCCAGAGAGAGAUUCAGCACCUCCAGCUAGAGGUCGGGGUCGGGGGCCGGCAUCUGGUAGAGGCGGACGAGCUUCGGGUAGAGGUGCUAGUGGCGCCUCAGGUUCACAGAGUGGGGGCAGAGGUGCCCAAUGUUAUGCUUUUCCUGGGAGGCCCGAGGCUGAGGCUUCUGAUGCAGUUAUCACAGGUAUCAUCUCAGUUUGUCAUCGGCCUGCUUCCGUGUUAUUUGAUCCUGGUUCUACAUUCUCAUAUGUGUCUACAUAUUUUGCUUCCGGCCUUGAGUUGACUUGUGAUCGUAUGUCUGUGCCUAUUAGAGUCUCUACACCCGUAGACUUUGAUGUCAUAUUGGGUAUGGACUGGCUUUCCCCCUAUCAUGCGCUUCUUGAUUGUUAUGCUAAGAUUGUCACCUUGGCUAUUCCGGGUAUUCCUAGAGUGGAGUGGAGAGGGACUAGUGGUUCGUAUCCCAACAGGGUCAUAUCUCAUAUUCGGGCUCAGAGGAUGAUUGACCGGGGUUGUUUAUCUUAUUUGGCCUUUAUUCGGGAUGUUGGAGCUGAGUCACCGGCCAUGGAGUCUAUUCCGGUGGUUCAGGAGUUCCCUGAUGUGUUUCCCGAGGAUCUACCUGGUGUUCCUCCUGUUCGUGAUAUUGACUUCUCUAUCGACUUGGAGCCGGGCACUAAGCCCAUAUCUAUCCCACCUUAUCGUAUGGCUCCAGCUGAGUUGAAGGAGUUGAAGGAUCAGAUUCUGGACUUAUUGAGUAAAGGAUUCAUACGCCCUAGUAUGAGGAUGUGUAUUGACUAUAGACAGUUGAACAAGGUAACGGUAAAGAACAAGUAUCCCCUUCCCCGUAUUGAUGACUUGUUUGAUCAGCUUCAGGGGGCAGCCUUGUUCUCUAAGAUCGACUUGAAAUCUGGGUAUCAUCAGUUGAGGAUUAAGCCUUCAGAUGUGGCGAAGACAGCUUUUCGCACACGAUAUGGUCAUUAUGAGUUUUUGGUGAUGUCAUUUGGGCUCACCAAUGCCCCUGCGACGUUCAUGGAGUUGAUGAAUGGAGUGUUUCGCCCAUACUUGGAUUCCUUCGUGAUUGUGUUUAUUGAUGACAUCUUGGUAUAUUCCAAGACCAAGGCGGAUCAUGUUUGUCAUUUGAGAGCCGUGCUACAGAAGUUGAGAGAUGAGAAGUUGUAUGCCAAAUUGUCUAAGUGUGAGUUUUGGCUUGAGUCAGUGGCUUUCCUAGGGCACGUGGUGUCUAAGGAUGGAGUUAGGGUUGAUCCAGCCAAGAUUGAGGCGGUUUAGGGUUGGACUAGACCUACAUCACCUACCGAGAUUCAGAGUUUUGUUGGCUUGGCGGGUUACUAUCGGCGUUUUGUUCAGGGAUUCUCUACUAUAGCUGCGCCGUUGACCAAAUUGACUCAACAGACGGUUCCUUUUCAUUGGUCACCCGAGUGUGAGGCGAGCUUCCAAAGGCUCAAAUCCCUAUUGACUUCAGCACCUGUCUUGACUUUGCCAGAGGAGGGUGUUGGAUUUACUGUUUAUUGUGACGCUUCGGGUGUUGGACUUGGAGGUGUUUUGAUGCAGAAGGGUAAGGUUGUAGCCUAUGCCUCUAGACAGCUGAAGGCACACGAGAGGAAUUACCUCACUCAUGAUUUGGAGUUGGCGGCUGUGGUAUUUGUGCUUAAGCUGUGGAGACAUUACCUAUAUGGUGUUCAUUGCGAGGUAUUUACUGAUCAUAGGAGCCUACAGUACAUAUUCACUCAGCGGGAUCUGAACUUGAGACAGCGUAGGUGGCUUGAGUUGCUCAAGGACUACGACAUGACCAUUUUGUAUCACCCCGGGAAGGCCAAUGUGCAUGAUUUGGGCACUAGACUCGACAUGAGCACAACUUUUCACCCUCAGACUGACGGUCAGUCUGAGAGGACUAUUCAGGUGUUGGAGGACAUGCUUCGGGCUUGCGUGAUCGACUUUGGUACUAGAUGGGAUCAACACUUGCCAUUGGCAGAGUUCGCCUACAACAACAGUUAUCAUUCUAGCAUUGGGAUGGCACCUUUUGAGGCACUGUAUGGUAGGCGGUGUAGAUCACCUAUUGGAUGGUUUGAUUCAGCGGAGGUGGACUCCCUUGGUACUGAUAUUCUUAGAGAGGAUAUGGAGCGUGUUCGUGUGAUUCAGAGUAGGCUCUUGACUGCCCAGAGUAGGCAGAAGAGCUAUGCUGACAGGAGGAUUCGACCCUUAGAGUUCAUGGUGGGUGAUCGAGUUUGGCUUCGGGUAUCGCCCAUGAAGGGUGUGAUGAGAUUUGGGAAGAAGGGCAAGCUCAGCCCUAGGUUCAUUGGCCCAUAUGAGAUUUUGGAGAGGAUGGGAGAGGUGGCUUACAAGUUAGCCUUGCCACCUAGUUUGACAGCCGUGCAUCCAGUUUUCCAUGUUUCUAUGCUCCGGAAAUAUGUUCCGGAUGAGUCUCACGUGAUUUCGGUUGAGUCGGUGGAGUUGAGUCCAAAUUUGACAUUUGAGGAGGAGCCUAUAGCUAUUUUGGACAGACGGGUUCGCAAGCUCCGGACCAAGGACAUCGUUUCAGUGAAGGUUCAGUGGAGGCAUCGAUCAGAUAGGGAGGCGACUUGGGAGUCCGAGGAUGAUAUGCGGGUCCGAUAUCCCCAGCUUUUCGAGGCUUUAGGGCAUCUUCAUGUGGCUAUUAAUAGACCUCAACUAGGUGACCGUGAGCGUGACCGGAUUCAAGGGGUGUCAGAGUUGAGAGAGCUUAAGGCUCAAAUCCAAGAGCGUCUUGAUAAAGGAUUCAUCCGUCCUACUGUUCCCAAGUGCGGUGCUCCUGUCUUGUUUGAUAAGAAGAAGGAGGAUAGUAUGAUUUUAUCUUAA